AUGGUCACAAGAGCUGGGCCUGGGAGUGAUAUUUUCUCCCUUCGCUCUGGCUCCUACGCAUUGAUUCCUGGUGAUGACAAUGCUGUAAAGCCAUCAAGGGAAGAAAGCCUUCAAAGUCGCCCAGAGUCGCGGCGCUCGCGCACCCAACCAGCAUUGGAGAGCAUAGGGAUUUGUGAUUCGCAGCGGCAGGAGGUGCGUCGGUGCCUGACCUCGGUGGCCAGCAAUUGGGAUCCACCGGCACCGGUGGGAUGGGAGGUCCUCGAUCAGAACUUCUUGGAAAGUGGGCCGAUGCAAGCGGCUACCAUUUGCCUAAUUCUCCUCAACGCAGUGGUCAUUGGGCUUGAAACCGACUUCCCAGAGAAGUUCGCGUGGGACGUGGUCGAAAACAUUUUCUUGGCCUUCUUCUCUGUUGAGCUUGUGAUUCGGAUGUAUUGUCUGGGCAUUCAAAAGUUCUUUGCAUUUCACAACAACCCGGACAUCGCGUGGAACUGCUUCGAUUUCCUGCUCGUUGCGAUGGGAGUGCUCAGCAUUUUACUGCACGUUUUUGCUGGCUCCACCGACAUCUUAGCAAGGAAUGCAACGCUCUUUCGGAUCAUUCGCUUGCUCAGAAUUUUACGAGUCCUGCGAAUCAUCAGAAUAGUGCGCUUCCUAAAGCAGCUCUACUUGCUGGCCUACGGCUUCAUUGAAGGAACCAUGGCAGUUUUGUGGGUCACGAUUCUGGCUUCCUUCAUGUUGUAUAUUUGUGCUGUGAUCCUGGUGCGAGCCUAUGGUAAGAACGGGAACAACGAUGACCCCUACCAUGACUUUUUCGAGGAGCAUUUUGGCUCAAUUCCAAUCACCAUGUUUGCGCUCUUUGAGCUGAUCACAGCGCCAGACCUAGCACCAUACAAAGCAGCCAUGUUUGCGAAUCCCCCACUGGUCGUUUUCCUGGUGAUUUUCAUCGUCCUGGGCAGUUUCGGAAUCAAUGGGCUCCUCGUAGCACUGAUCAAUGAAAGUAUUUUAGAGAAGAACCAGGCUCGCAUCGAGGCGGAUCGCAUCGACCGUGAAUUCAAGAGGAAGGAUUUGCAACAACGGUGCGGAGAACUUUUUGAUGAACUCGAUGUGCAUCACAAUCGUGUCCUACCUCGGGAUGAGAUUCGGCAAGUGACGGAGCAAGUGGCCCUCCUUCUGGAAAGCUUUGGGGUGAACUUUCAACGUGCCGACUUGGAUCAGAUGUUCUACGUCAUGGACUACAGUGACACAGGAAUCAUUGAGAGGUCCGAGUUUAUCUAG